AGGCAUGCUGCAGCCUGCAGACAGAGUGGAACCUCCUCUUUUAUCCUUCACUCUUUGUUUCUUCACCCCUGCCGGAGGGGAGGCGCGCAGUUCUGCUCCUUAGGCCUGGUUCCUCUGUUUUAAAUGUGCAUCUUCUGCUGAAACAACAGCUGUCUAUGAGUUUCAGAAGAUCUGUAGAUGCCACUUUUUUCUUGCACCAAAUUAUAAAUAAAAAUUCCCGAAUUCUUUUAGUUUCUCCCAGAUCUGUCACUGACGCCGCUGUUGCUCCGCCUCCUCCCACUUACCUGGGACAAGGUGAGACAGAGACGGGAGAUGUGGGGGAGGAAGGAAGGAAGAGGAGCAGCGGAGAGAGAGUCAGAGGAGAACGGCGGAAAGAUCUGGACCCACCUGGACUCUACGGCCAGGUCCCACCUCGCAGCCGGUACUGUGUUUCCGUGGCAAUGUUCCGCCGCAGGAAGAAGAAGCACCGGCUGGAGAUCUCGGCGCCGCGAGACUUCCAGCACCGCGUCCACACAUCUUUUGACAUCUCCACGGGACGUUAUGUAGGUCUGCCGGCACAGUGGCAGAGCGUCAUCGACACCCUAAGGAGGCCACGCCCACUCGUGGACCCGUCCAGGAUCACCAACAUAGAACCCAGAAAGCAGACAAUUGUUCGUGGCAGCUUCAUUGGCCAUGGCGACUACAUCAGUCAUGUGAUCUCCGAGAUGAGCCGUGUGUGUGUCACCAGCUCCAACUCUCUGCGCCGCACCAGCCCGUCGGUACGGAAACGCACCCAGUCGCUGGGUCGACUGGGAGAACAGGCGGAGGAGGAGUCAUAUCACUACCUGGAGAUCAGUCGCCGGAGCAGCAGCGUAAAGACCGGCGGGAGCUCUACCUACUGGCAGGAUCGCAUCCGGCAGGUGCACAGUGAGAGUGGCAGCCCCAAAGUGAACAGGGACCUGCAGAGAACCAAGUCUAGCAGCCAGGUGAGCGCUGUGCCUGAGGCUGUUCCACUCAGCCCUGGGUCACCUCAGAGGACAAGUUAUGUGGUUGAACCAAGUAUCCGCAAUGGGGUCACAAGGCAAAAACAGAGGCCAACCUCCUAUCACCACAACCUACAGACAGCAGAGACCAGCAAGCCUCAGCUGAGACUUAGACCAGGUCCAAAUCAUCUGCCUGACCUGCUAUCAUCUUCCAAAGAGUCGCCCAAAAGGCCGCAUUCUUCUUAUGACCUCAAGCUGCCGUCCUCUCGCCCUCGACUGCCUCCACCCAACAGCACCAGCAGUCCCAUCAUCACGGGCAGAGUGUUACCUCAGCCCUCACCCCUUCCCCCCUCCGGCUUCAGUGUUUCUAUGAAACAUGCAUCCUCACCCACUCAGGAAAGCUCUUUACAGCCCGGACCCUCCCCCACCAGUUCCCCAGGCCGCCCCCCCCCAUCUACCCCUGAGAGAGGUCCUCAGAAAGUGACCCAUGAACAGUUCAAAGCAGCGCUGGAAAUGGUUGUGGACCCAGGCGAUCCAAGGGUGACUCUGGAGAACUUUGUAAAGAUUGGGGAGGGGUCCACAGGUGUGGUGUGCAUCGCCCGAGAAAGGCACAGUGGACGUCAGGUGGCGGUGAAGAUGAUGGAUGUAAAGAAACAGCAGCGGAGAGAACUGCUCUUUAAUGAGGUGGUCAUCAUGAGGGAUUACCAACAUCCCAAUGUGGUGCAAAUGUUCCAAAGUGCUCUGGUGGAAGAUGAGCUGUGGGUCAUCAUGGAGUACCUGCAGGGUGGCGCUCUGACCCAAAUCAUUGGUAAAACCAGGCUGAACGAGGAGCAGAUAGCGACGGUAUGUGAGAGCGUUCUGCAGGCGCUGUCCUACCUCCACUCUCAGGGCGUCAUCCACCGAGACAUCAAAAGCGACUCCAUCCUGCUCACACUAGAUGGCAGGAUAAAGCUGUCCGACUUUGGUUUCUGCGCUCAGAUCAGCAAAGACGUCCCAAAGAGGAAAUCUCUGGUUGGGACUCCAUACUGGAUGGCUCCUGAGGUGAUCUCCAAAAUGCCGUACGGCACAGAGGUGGACAUUUGGUCCCUGGGAAUCAUGGUGGUGGAAAUGGUGGAUGGUGAGCCUCCGUAUUUCAAUGAAACACCCAUCAGUGCCAUGAAGAAGCUGAGGGACGAAGCAGCUCCAAGUGUCAGGAACAUCCAGAGGGUGUCUCCAGUGCUGAAGGACUUCCUGGAUUGCAUGCUGACCCGCAACACGCUGCAGCGCAGCACCGCUUCCGACAUGUUGGAGCAUCCCUUUCUGCUGCAGGCCAGUUCGCCGAGAUGCCUGGUGCCGCUGGUGGAGCAGCACCGCAAACGAAUGUCGCUCUGCUGAGGUUCACUUGGAUCUUAUUAUUCGUGUCUCACCCAGAAUCAUAAACAAAAAGAUCAGGAAUCUCAUGUGGGAUAAAACCUUAGACCCAGCUGACAAUAUCUGGGAGAAUUAUCUGUUUGUGCUCAUGACUCAGCCUGAGACUCUCUGGAAAUAACCUGUUGGACUCACCUGUGCCCUGCUUUAUGACUCACUGGGAUUAUACCAAAAAGAUCUACUGGGAGGAUACCUGAUAUUCCACUUGAGACGUGCUUCUGAAUAACCUACCUGAGGCUCAUCUGGACACACGUCUCAAGUCAACAGAAUCUAAGCAGAACACUGAAAUAAUACAACAAAAGUUCUAUCAUUUAACUAUUAUGAUUUAUUAUCAACAUUUGCACUUGUUCACACUUUGACGCAUGUGAGCUUUUAAAAAAACAAAUAUUGAAUAAAUAUCAAUAUUCUGCUGUCAGUUAUUGCUCAUGUUGUGGCUUGUUGUUUUAUGACCAACAUUAAAAAUCAAUGAAUCAUCGGUUUGAACUUAUGUUUAAAACAGGAGCAACAUGUGAGUCUAACUGUCCAUUCAACACGCUAAGGAUAAACUUAUUUCUCAUUUCCUGGCAUCUGAUUUUAGUACAAUAACCUGUUUUAACGACACAUUUUACCAGUUCAUGUAUUUUAUUGGGAUUUUAUGUGACAGACCGACUCAAAGUAGGACAUUAUUCUUCAGACUCCACCCUGAUUCAGAACUUUGUAGAACCUCUUCUGGCCGCAAGUUGAGCUUCUUAGUUGGAAUCAUGUUUGGACUUUAACUAGGCCAUUCUAACACAUGAAUCUGGCUUUAUGUUUUGGGUGGUUGUCCUGCUGGAAGGGGAACCUCCACCCUAGUCUCGGGUCUUCUGCAGCCUCUAACAAGUUUUCUUCUAGGAUUGUCCUGGAUUUAGUUCCAUCCACAUCAUCACAUUAACUCUGACCAGCUUCUCUGUUCCUGAUGAAGAAAACUAUCCCCAUAGCAUGAUGCUGCCACCACUUUGUCUCACUCAGGGAGUGGUGCUGUCAGGGUAAAGUGGAGUGUUAAUUUUCCUCCAAACAUAAAGUUUUGGCCAGAGCACCUUCUUCUGCAUGUUUGCGUUGUCUCCUUAUUGGCUUGUAGCCUUUCUUCUUGUCACUCUUCCAUUAAGACCAGAUUUGUGGAAUGAAAGACUAACACUUGCCCUGUGGACAAAUUCUCCCACCUGAGCUGUGGGUCUCUGCAGCUCCUCCAAAGUUACCAUGGGCCUCUUGGCUGCUUCUCUGAUUAAUGCUCUCCUUGCCCACCCUAUCUUGGUAGUUCUGCAGGUGAUGGAUUGAACAGAGCUCUGGGAGAUGUUCAGCUGAGUGAAUUCUGCUGGAACGACAUCUUAAUGACAUCCGUGUUCAGGUCUGGGGUAGGCCAAACUGGUCACCAGUUUAAAUAGCUGUGGGCAGUGCGGAUUAUCCUGAGUUACUGAUUCUCUUCAUCUCACCAUACUGGAAGGACGUUUUUGCUGAAGAGCUGCUGAGACAAGAAACACUGAAAUGUACAGAUUUUCAAUGAGUUCAGAUUUGUGUUUGUUUGUAUCUGUCAGCUUUAUUUAGUUGGAGCUACAUGAAAUCACACCUUACAGGUAGAUCUGUUAGCUUCUGGUCCGAAAACACUGUUAGGACACCACUUCCCACCUGGCCAUCCAUGAGUACCAGAGCCCUCCUCAUGUUUAUAGGAGACGCCUGUGGUUAGGUUGAGAGGAGGUGCUCAAGAGACCUGGAGGUUUCUUCAACUAAAUGUUUCAUGCUUGGACCUUCAGGGUUUCUACAGGACUGUUAGCUGCAGGAUUCUGAAUUAUUUCAUGUGUUUAAUUGUAAUAAAUGUAUUCAUUUUUUUCAUUAACUGUGACAACAUUUUCUUCUCAGCCUGAUAAAGAACAUGUGCCCUGUUUGACUUGUAAUCUUUCCUUCCUGGGAAAACAAAUAAACCCAUAAAAGCUUAGGAUUAACUUGA